UGCAAAUUUGCAAAACAAUUGCAGGCAGGUUUAGAGCAGCUACAGAGAAACCCGCCGCCUCCGACUCCGCCUCGCCGGAGUGUCCGCUGCUCUCGCCGCCACCCAUCUCGCCGCCUCGUCGCUCUCCACCGACCGCCCAACGCCCACCGCCGCUGCAUCCUCCAUCUCUGCCGCCGCCUCACAUCUCUCUCCGUCGGCGCGUCGCCUUGCCUCUCUCGCUGCUGCCUCGCUGACCGCCGCUGCAUCCUCCGCUCUCGCCACCGCCGCUGCAUCCUCCCUCUCCGGCCUCUCUCACCGCCCUCGCCUCUCUUACUCUAAGCAGUUCAUCUGGUUCAUGGACAGAGGAGAGAGCAUAUUAGAUGCCAUAUUUGAGGAGGAUAACUUUGAAGAUGUCCAAGAUGUGGAGAUGAUGGAUGUAGAAGAAGGAGAAUUGGUGGAGCAGGAUUCAGAGAUUGGAUUGGGAAAACAAAUUGGUGGAGAUGCUAAUGCAGUGAAAUCUGAAUCUAGCAAUAACAAACGCAGACAUAGGAGCAAUAAGAAGAAUAGAAGAAAGAAAGGCAGUUCAGGGAAAAAUGUGAUGGAUAUUAACAGGUUUGUUUUAGAUGUUUGUAGACGCUUGAAAGAGAGAAAAACGUACCUGGUGUACACUGCUGUGGGUAGCCUGGGUGUAUCUGCUUUGAGUGAUCUUGUCAAAGAGGUGGAGGCAAUUCAGGCAUGUGGAGGUCAGAAGACUGCUGAUGGCAGACGAUUUAGAAAUGGUGGCGGCAUAUUAUGGAAUAUUCUAAAAACACGAGACUCAAAUGCUUAUAAAGAGAUAAUGAAGAAGGGGAAGGAGUUUGAGAAGCAAUUCAGGCAACCAAAUGUCGGGCAACACACAAUGCAUAAAGAGGCGUCCUCUCCCAUAAGAACAGACAAUGCGAACACAGAUGGGACUCCACCUCCAGAUGGUUCACAGCUUGUACCUCAUGUGGAAAACCAACUUGGACAGAGUAAUGUUGAGGGGAACCGUGCUUCUGUUCAUGAUAGGAUGAGGAUGCUGGUUAAAUAUGACGACCUGCCUGGAGAGGAAGAUCAUCAACUGCCCGGAAAGGAGGAACCAAAAGAUAAAUCGGGCUGAUCUGGGGAGAACUGCAUCCUUCCAUGAAUGACUAGCUCAGUUGGUAAUUAUGAUUAUUUGGUUGUCAGAUUUGAAAACCCUAUUCUAGAAUUCUUCUACUCUACUAAACCACUGAAGCAAGAGAAUUUUGGACUGCCCAAGUGCCUAUUCUGCAGACGUCUGCAUUUUUCCUCUUGGCAAAAUGUGAAAGGAAAAAGAAAACUAGAAAGUGAGGGAGAGAUUGCUUUCUUGCUCAAACUGAAGAUCAUGGGAUAGGUGGUUGAUUUAAAUAAGAUUGAGUUUACUCUUAUUGGGAUUGCAUGCCCCUUACGGAAUUGAGAUUGUCCGUAGUGAGAAUCCAUUCAGUGAAUUUUGGAUAGCAAACAAGCAGGUUUCAUGUUUGAUAAUAUUAAUUGUACGAUCUUUUUGAUACAUUCGGUUAUCUUUCUUUUGUAUUUCAAUAUAUGUAGGAUCAGUUUAAGGUCAAAAAGAGGCAAAAAAGAAAGAAAAAAAAAAAAUUCUAAAACUAGCAGUUUUUGGAGUGGUGGAUUUGCCUUUGCAGUUCAAUCCUGCUGGUCUAGUGAUUGAUUUUGAUGGGGGUG